UUUCUUGCUGGAGAAGGUUAAGAAAAAAUUAACAAUUGGUUUAAUUGACAAAAUUGUUUGUGAUUUAUUUUUUAUCAGUCAUUAUUUAUUUAAUUUUUUGUUCCAUUCUCAUCUCCUACCCAGUCUUUCACAUGAUAUUUGUUUACUGUGCACGUUAUUCUGCCAAUAUAAAGAAUUGUUUAGAUUGAAACAUUUAAACAUCAACAAAGUGUCUAACCCCACUAUACGUGGGUUUUAAGUUCUCAAGCAAAAUGGAGGGCUCAAACACCAACAACCACACAAACUUAAAUGAGAUGUCGACAGCAUCUUUAAUAACCCUUGGUAAUAAUCAUCAUCUAAAUGAUUUGCCUCGAACACUUUAUGUUGGUAACCUGGAUCCACAGGUUAGUGAUGAAUUGAUAGCAGCUUUAUUUGGUUCGCUGGGUAAAGUGACCAAUGUUAAGAUAAUCCAUGAGCCGGGCAAUGAUCCAUAUUGUUUUGUUGAAUUUGCGGAACAUUCAGCUGCAUCCAAUGCCCUAUUAACAAUGAACAAAAGAUUGUGUCUUGGUAAAGAAUUGAAAGUCAAUUGGGCAACUUCUCCAGGAGCCUCAGGACCUAAACAAGAUACCAGUAAACAUUAUCACAUUUUUGUUGGUGACUUAAGUCCGGAAAUAGAGACACAACAAUUGAGGGAGGCUUUUGCUCCUUUUGGUGAGAUUUCAGAUUGUCGAGUCGUCCGAGAUCCUCAAUCUCUUAAAAGUAAGGGAUAUGGAUUUGUUUCAUUUGUUAAAAAAACCGAUGCCGAGACAGCCAUUGCCACCAUGAAUGGACAAUGGUUAGGAUCACGAGCCAUUCGAACCAAUUGGGCAACUAGGAAACCACCUACCAGAGGUAGUACCGAUAUACAGCCAACUUCCAGCAGUAAACAUUUAUCAUUCGACGAAGUUUACCAACAAUCAAGUCCAUCAAAUUGUACCGUGUACUGUGGUGGUAUUUUACAAGGUCUCAGUGAUGAGCUAAUUCAAAAGACUUUCUCACAUUUUGGAAUGAUUCAAGAGAUUCGCACCUUCAAGGAGAAAGGUUAUGCUUUUAUUAAAUUUGCUACUAAAGAGGCAGCCGCUUCUGCAAUCGUGGCAACCCAUAAUACCGAAAUAGCUGGACAAGCAGUUAAAUGUUCUUGGGGCAAAGAGACAGGAGAUCCAUCAAAUCAGGUACCAACAGCUAAUGCAGUUGCAGCACAAUAUACUUAUCCUUUUCAUCAGAUGGGCUACUGGUACGCUCAAGGCUAUCCACAAAUGCAAGGAUCUUUCAAUCCAGCCGGUGCCGCUGCUGCAGCCUCAAAUCUACAGCCCAUUCAAACAUACCCCUGUGGUCAAUACUAUAAUGCUCCAACUGGUACCUCAGCGGCAGGUUUUAAUGCUGCUGCUGCAGCGGCUGCCGCUGUUGGAAUGCAAAUGGCUUGGCAAGGAGCUGCAGCAGGAAUGCCUGGAGGUGCUGGAUCAGCUGCUUCUGCCGCCGGUGGACAACCGCAUCACAUUGCUGCCGCAUCGCAUCAUCAAAAUCCCCUAGGUCAAGGUAUCCAACAACAGACAGCUGCUAUGAUCGGUACUCAUUACCCUAUGCAGCCUUAUCCUAACUGAAAAAUCAAUCAACACCAACAUCAACACCAACACCAACAACAACAACAACAGCAACAACAACAACAACACCAUCAACAAAAAUAAUAACCAAUUAACAAAAAUGAGACAAAUAAUUGAAUCCACUUGAGAAUUAAUUUGAUUACAAUUCCCACUAAUCAACGUAUUAUAAAAAAAAUGUUUAACUUAAAACAUAAACUUUGAUUACAUUAAAUUACAUUUAAUCAUCAUCAUAA